AUGGACACAAGAAGCGCCGUCUCCAUAUCAUACCACCUAAACAUUCCUAGAUCUAACUCUAGAGUCGCCCGCUCAUUGUUCUAUACUUCAAUCACAAUCAUCGUCUCGCCGUACCUCGUCAGCCUUUACGACCACCGCGUCGGCAGCGGGCCCCUCCGCAUCCUCUCCCAUGGCCUGACCAACAAGCUCGAAGCCCUAGUCCCAAUAUUCCCCAUGAACAUCGGCCUUGCAGAAGACUUCGAAAGCGAAAUCGGCCGCACCUUUGACAUCAUCCGCCGCACCCCCACCGCCGUCUCGCAAGCCGUCAAGGCCAACCCCUUCCCGAUGGUCUUCUCAGGAAACUACUACGCCAAUCCCACCGCAGGAGCCGACCUCAACGCCUCAUCCCGGAUCUGA